CCCGCUCGGCAGGUUGCAGCCAGUUGCAGGCUGCGGCACGCGGAUGCUCCCGGGUGGUUUAGCGACGUUUGAAGUUGUGGACGUCAUCAAUCACGUGGUAAUCGUAAUUCGGCACAAACUCCGACACUGUCGAGACGGCGCCGAGAAGCGCGUCGUUACGUGUACCGCGCCGCCCGCCCGCCAACGUCGAGCGGCUCAACAUGGAGACUACAGUUGACAAGCUAGAGGCGAUGUUUCAGAAGUCGGAGGCUGACCUGGUGUACAUUGAAAAAAGGUUGAAGCUGGAAUUUGUGACCAACGCAACAGAAAAUGGUUCUCAUGCUGAGGGAAAUCCAGCAACGUUGCUAGAGAACCUGGCUGAAAUUAAGGCCAGGUAUGCGGCCCUGUGUUCACAAGUGAAAGAAAUGGCAUCUGUACAGAAGGAGUCUAUGGAUUCUAUCAGAACAUACCUUGAUGGCACUCUGCAAAUGGUUCAACUCUUAAACGAGACUGCAGAUACGAAGGUGUUGCCAGUAAGCGAGUUGGAACAGGAGGCAACGUCACUGCUUCGUUCAUCUAUUAUUCAGAACACAACAAGAGACUGACAAAGCAAGGUUUCCUGCAGUUUGCAGAAGAUGAAGCAGUAGAAAGAAACUCCCGGCAAGGCUUCACUGAAGCCCCCGCAGAAUUUCAUCCUAGAUGGAGACGAGAAAAGCAACGUUUGUCUGUUCCUACGAUGGCCAAAUACAACCAUGAGAUCAUGGAAACUGCAGUGACUUUGGCGUUGUGUAGUAUAUAUUGCUGGUCAUUGUCAACUCUCCCUCUUGCCUUUUAUGGAUUUGCAGCCCAAGUGUUCCUUAGUCUCCCAUAAAACAUGUUGCCCCUAGAUCAAAUUCAAACUGCCGUGUUGUGAAAUAUCAAUACAUUGACUAUAUGUGGUCAAAAGUGUAAAGUAAAUACUUUCAUUCUU